GUCUGCUCUUGUUCUGUCAUGUCAUUUCAUUAAUAAGAUUACUUGUGACAACACAUGAAACCCAGACAAGAGUGUAUUAGUUGUGAAUAGAACAUAAGAGUGAAGAAUUUUAUUUGUUUCAGUUACUGUUCUUGUGAAUUUUAUUCAUGUUUUGGUGUUUAAGUGAGAUCUUUUUUCCUUUGAUGCAAAGAUUUGUAUAAGUUAGAUUGAAAAAAAAUAUUUAUUCUUUUAUUACUUACCUUCAAUAUAACUGUUGGAGAAUGCCAGAGAAAAAAGCUAACAAGAUAGGGAAAAACUCUUUAUCCUCUUCUGGACAAACAAGGGUUUUUAAGAAAAGCAGUCCCAAUGGCAAAAUAACAACUUAUUUGGGAAAGAGAGAUUUUAUUGAUCAUUUGUCUCAUAUUGAUCCUAUUGAUGGUGUUAUAUUAGUUGAUCCUGAGUAUCUGAAAGAUAGAAAGGUAUUUGCACAUAUUUUGGCUGCCUUCCGCUAUGGACGUGAAGAUUUGGAUGUUCUUGGACUUACUUUUAGAAAGGACCUAUAUCUUUCAUCAAUGCAGGUUUAUCCUCCCCUUAAAGAUACCAAGGAAUCCAAACCAUUGACUAGAUUACAAGAAAGACUCAUUAAGAAACUUGGACCAAAUGCUUAUCCUUUUUUCUUUGAGCUUCCUCCCAACUCUCCUGCAUCUGUUACACUUCAACCAGCUCCAGGAGACACUGGCAAGCCUUGUGGUGUUGAUUAUGAGCUUAAAACAUUUGUGGCUGACAACAUAGAUGAAAAACCACAUAAAAGGAAUUCAGUUCGUCUAGCAAUACGUAAAUUGACUUAUGCACCAGAAGAGCCAGCUCCUCAGCCUAAUGCUGAGGCUGUCAAAGAUUUUAUUAUGAGUCCUGGUAGCAUUCGAUUAGAGGCUUCUCUUGACAAGGAAAAAUAUUACCAUGGUGAAAGUAUUGCCAUCAAUGUACUUGUUGACAACAAUACAAACAAAACUGUGAAAAAGAUAAAAAUCUCAGUUCGACAGUUUGCAGAUAUUUGCUUGUUUUCCACUGCACAGUACAAAUGCACAGUUGCUGAUUUGGAGAGCGAGUAAGUGAUGCAUAUUUUUCAGCUUUUCUUUUCUUUUAGAGGUUGCUUGUAUGGUUUUGCCUGUAAAAAUCCAUAAAAAUAAGAAUCCCAGUCAGUGUAAAUUAAGUUAAUAGAAUACCUGUGAAAAUUGUGUUACAGCAUCUUGCAUGUAAUAUAAUAACACUAACUGCAAAGCCUUACAGAUAUUAGGCAAAUUUUUUAAAAAUUAUCUUUUGUUAGAUAUUCCCUUGUCUAAGUUUGUUGUUAAAAUUAAAAGUUAAUGGAAACAAUUUGGAAAAUGAACUAAAAAUUAAUUGAAAUGAUACCAUUAUGAUUAACCUUGUAAACUGGGAGCCUUUCUAAAUAGUAAAUAUUUUUUGAGUUGUGUACAUUACAUGACAGAGUAAGUUAGGCAAUUAUAAAUUAUAUAGGUAGAUUAUAUUAUUUUAUGUCUUUUUGUUUGAGUAGAUUUAUAUAACUGGUUUCCCAGAAAAAAGCACAAUGAAAAAUUACUGAAACUGAAAAAUCAGAGCCAAAUUUUCUAUUUGAGCAUUUUGCCAUGUUCAAUUUUCUGGUUGCAUUUUAAUGGUCAACAUGUAACUGAGUAUGAAUGAAUGUAAGUUCUGAAGCAACUGACAUUUGCAUGUGCUAUUCACCUUAGUAACUUAUCUUGAUAAAAGCAAUUUGUAUUCACUUAUUCAGUCAAAUAUUCGUUUGUGUGAAUUGUAACAUUUUAAUUAAUAAAGUGUAUUUGUAAUUGUAAAUUUCUAUUGAAUUGAAAAAAUAGCCAUGUUAUGCAAAAAAAAAAUGUCACAUCAGUGGCGUAGCUAGGAUUUUUGGGCCCCUAUGCAAAAAUUAUCAGAUGGCCCCCUUCGUCAGCUUUUAAGCUACAAUAGAGUUAAACUAAAAAAUCAACUGAUACUUAUGAUGGAGGACAUAAAAAAUAUAAAUAUUCUGUACAUUUUAUAUUUUAUAUGUCCUGAUUGUGUAUUUAUA